UUCGUUAGGACGUGAAGUAAACAUUUCGGCUAUCGAAUAAUAUAUAAAACGGAGCGAGUGCGCCUCGUUAAAGAACAAUAAAGUUUAUCAUCCCGCGGUACUAAAGCAUCGUCUUCAAGAACAGACCUCAUCCGUCUGUGCAUAAGCUAAGGCUCGGCUGCCGCAGUCAACAGAAGUCGUUCUACGUCUAGAAGAGCGAAAAACAGGGAAUAAACAUGAGCAAAUCCAAGGAUUCCGCAUCCACUGAGGCCGAGACCGAGGAGGAAUACAGCGUGGAGAAAGUUCUUGACAGGAGGGUCGUCAAGGGCGGCAAGAUCGAGUAUUACUUGAAGUGGAAGGGGUACUCAAACGAAGAGAACACAUGGGAGCCAGAGGAGAACCUGGAUUGUCCUGACUUGAUUGCUCAAUUCGAAGAACAGCGCAAAAAGAAAGAGGCUGCUGCCAGUAGCAAGAGCAAAGUUGAUGAUAAGGAGCUAAAAAAGCGAAAAAGUUCCAGCACACCCACACCAACACAGCCCAAGAAGAAGGUAGUGGAAGACAAGAAACCGGAAGGCUUUGAUAGAGGCUUGGAACCAGAGCGCAUCAUUGGAGCGACUGAUUCUAGCGGAGAACUUAUGUUCCUGAUGAAAUGGAAAGGAACAGACGAUGCGGAUCUAGUUCCUGCGCGAGAUGCCAACGAAAAAUGCCCGCAGAUAGUCAUCAGGUUCUAUGAAGAAAGAUUGACGUGGCACAGUCCAAGUAAUGACGAAGAAGGAGUAAAACCUGAUCCCGAAUAGCCGUACUCACUUCCUCACAACUUAACUGUCUUUAAAUAAUGUCACUCGUGUAAACAAUCAGAUUUUGAUUAUAUUUUUUCUUUUACUAUUAACGUAACAUAACGCACUGUGCCACCGACCAAAUAUUUUUAAUAAAAAACAAUGUAGUGUAAAAAAAAAUCGAAAAAAAAUAUAGUCCAAAUUUUCUAAAAACGAUCUUGGGUGUCAUUAAACUUGCUUCUAUUACGUUCUUCAGAAAUCAUAUCCAUCAGUCAUUAUUGGCAUUAGUAGUUAUGUUAAGUCAAUAGAGACAGACUCGGUUUUAUAUACCUGUAAAUUCAGUAUAUAAUGUGGAUAAGAUCGUAAAAAAAGACGAUCUUGAACGAAUGAUUUUUUUUAUCAGACCUUUGUAGUGUAUGAUUUUGUAAGUCUCGAUUGUGGUUUAAAUUAAAAGAUUUUUUCUGUAGAAACGAUAUCAUACUUCAAAAAUUCGUUUACUUCGUUUCAAAAUAUUUGUGUUAUAGACAUUGUAAUAUGAUAUAAUAGAAAUACAUUUAAGAAUUGCGUAUUUUGGAAUUUAAAACAGUUUUUGUUUCGAAAUUAUCCCCUUUUAAUUUUAAGUAUUCUGACGUAUUGCGUAAAAUAAAAUUCUUACACAGCUCGAUAUCAAUAAUCUUUGUAUGAUUACAAUAAGUGUAAAUUCUUAUUUUUUAUAGAUUAGAAUAAAUAAUGAACUAAAGUCAAGUUUUCAUCUUUUUAACUCCUCACCUUCUAGUAAACUGUAACUUUGUAGCCAACAAAUGUCAUGAAAUUAUUACUUAUGCAGUACAAAUUUAACUCCGAGUAAGGAUUUAUGA